AUUAUAUAUUCAACCGGACGUAGAUAAUGAGCAGUUCAUUUAAACCAACAGGAAGUCCUGGAUUCAGUGUGGGCAAUGCAUUGUGUCCAAAAUUACAGAGCAGAAUUCAAUUUCCGACUUGACACUAUUGCAAUUAAAGAGUUUGCCUGACAACUUGAUAAAUUCCCCCAGUCGUAAAAUGAACUCGUUUUGAAGAGUACAAUUUAUCCUCAAUUUUUUCGUAAAUAUGGAAAAAGUUCUGAAAACAUUUUUUGACGAGACUCUUAAAAAUAUUCAUUCCAAGGACAAGAAUACGGUCAGUAUUUGCAAGGAUGUCAUGGAGCGUCUCAAUCUUGUCCUUACAACUUCCGGUUUCCAUUACAACUUUGUAAUUCAUAAUCUGAGAGAUGAUUACGAAAUCGGUGUUAUUGGACACAAAGCAUAUGAAUCCUUUGACAUUGGAGAAAUGAAGUUUGGGAUUUGGAUCUUUGAAUCUGGAACUUUUUCAUACAAUGGAUCUGCAAAGCGGAAUAUUUGUGUGGGUGGAUACAACCGAGGAAGUUUCAUAGAAGUUUACAAUCCUCCAUUGAAGGGAGGACUCACAUUCACAAAACCGGAAGUGGGGGUGGAAGAGAAGAAGCGAAAAGUUUUGAAAUUCUGUCCGAACAAAUAAAACCUCGUAUGUAGAUGAAUAAGGGAACAAAAUUCAGGCCUGGUUGGCCAACAAAAUUGCGUCAACUCACUUAUUCUUUCUUUAAGCGCGUAAAGUUUUAACAAUUUACUUAAUUAAUCCGUCAGAAAUUGAGUGACGAUUGAAAUUAACCAUGUAAACAUUCACCGGUAGAUUUGAAAACACAAGAGAAGUAAAUAACGGAAAAAAAGUUAAAGCGAAAUACAUGGGUGUGGGGCGGGUUAAGUCGUAAUUCUGUGCUUAAUUUUCUUAGCCAAUCAGAAAUGAGGAAAAUGACGUCAGUGUUUAAUAAAAAUUACCCGUCUACUCACCUUUACGCGAUUACGGGCUUAAAGAAUGAAUAAGUGAGUUGACCCAUUAUUUAAAUUUACCGGGAUUACUAUUUGUCUAGUAGAGAUGCCAGGAUCCGAGUCUCAUUAAUCGGAAUACUUUCAUCUACCCAACUGUGCAUUCAAACGCACCUUUCAUUAAUCCUAUGUUAGGUAACAAUUAGUAUAUGAACCAUUGUGUAACCUAACCUGUUUCCAACUUAUUCUAAAUAAAAAUAUCACUGCGUGUCUUACAACAAAUAACCAGUGCAAAAUAAAAUUUGAAAACAAACUA